AUGCACAAAGUUCUGUGUCUUCACGAAGACGCCGUCCGUGACCUGCUGGACAUAUUUGUGUGUGGAGGCUUGCGCGAUCCCGCACUGGUCACCUGUGGAACCCUGGAAGGAGCAACUGGCGGCCAAUUAUUUGAAUUGCAAAAAGAAAAUAAAGUUAUUUUACAGGAAAUUAGGACAACCGAGAAACAGAUUUACCAUUUAGAGAAUGAAUCGGAAAGUUGCCGGCAACAUUGUGCAGAUCUGGAGGCCCAACUCUGGAGCCUUAAUGCAAAUAAUUUGCAACUAAAGUUUGCUAUACAAGAAGAAGAAGAAAAAUAUUUCAAGUUGCUGGCUGAUUAUGAUAAAUAUCGUAAAAAAAUGUCGGCUCAUAAAGAGUUGAUUAAUCAGUUGGAAAGUAGAAGCCCAAUAAUGAUGCAACUUGAAGAAAAAAUACUCAUGGUUGAAGAAUUAAAAGCAAAGAAAGAAGAAUUAUCGACAGAUCUUAUGAAUCCAGAAGGAAAUAUUAUAAAACAAGUACAGGGAGAAAUUACCGAAUUAAGGGCCAAAAUCUCAGAAAUAAGAGAAGCAAUUAAUGAAAAAUCAGUUCUAUUGAUCAAGGAACAAGAGUGUCAUGUUCAACUUCGGAAAGAAAUAGAGGUGCAGAACAAAAGGUGUGAAGCCAUACUUAAGCGUUUAUAUUGCCAAUUGAAUAAAGUUCAGUCGAACAAACGCCAGUUGACCUGGGACAUACGACAGAUGGAAAAAACUGCAGCACAUCUAAGAAAAUGCCUUGGAAUUACAAAGUAA